GUUUAUCGGAAUAUCAUGGAUAUUCCAUUCGAAAAAAUUUGUAAUUAUUUCAAGUGUUAUGAUACUGGUGUUAAGACACUUCAGUUAAACCAAACAGGAAGAAGAUUCUUAGCAAAAGUUGGAUUUCACUCUGACGUUGUCGAUUUUCGAGCAUAUUUGAAAAUGAUUCCCAUCACCGUCUUUUUUCAUAUGUUGAUGUUUGGUCAAUUGGGUCAUUUGAUACAUUAUCUACAACAUAAUCCGUUUUCUUUCUUUGAAGUAGCCGAUGAUAUCGCAGUUAUACUAUCAACUGAAACAGUUACUUUCGUAACAAUAUCAAUGGGCUCAUUCUCUUCUGAAUUGGAUAAAAUUUGUAUAGAACUUGGAGAUUUUAUUAAUGCAGAUUUGGGUAGAGCACGAGGCGUUGAAGCUUUGGACAAACUUUUUGCGAAAUAUGUUUACGCAUGCAUCUUUGCCUUUGUAUCAACUUGUUUCAUAACUUUCGUCUUUUACUUUAUUGACAAUUGCGCACCAGACGAAGUGAGCAACUGCGGAUUUAUAUUUACGCCAUAUUUGCCAUAUAUUGAUAUCUAUAACAAACCAUGGAGGCAAAUUUUUCUGUUAUGUCAAUGUUUGAGUUCUUAUACAGGCGGUGCUAUUAUUUUAAUAAUUGUAUCGCAAUACAUGUUUGUCAACGAGGUGAUAAUUCUGCGAUUUGAUCACUUGGCAAGUUUAAUUAAAAGAAUCCCUAGAACAAAGCAGGAAGAUAGACAGGCAUUGCUUGGAAGAAUAGUUCGAUACCACAACUAUUUAUUAAAAACCAACAAGGAAAUCAACCGUGCAUUAAGCAAAGCAUUUGCAUUACAUUUAUUUGUCACACCUGUUAAUAUGAGUGUGAUUGCAUAUCAACUGCUUGGCAAAGAAGUAAUUUUAUCAUCAGUAAUCCAUCUAUUGACGUACGUUGUUAUUGUGACCUUAACUUGUGGAAGUGGCGAACGUUUAACUACUUCUUCAGAAGCUUUAUACAACAUCAUUUUUCAUUCUAUACCAUUGGAAGACACGAAAACAGCAUUAGAUAUGAAGUUUAUCCUAUUAAAAACCAAGAAACCAAUUAUACUUCUUGCUGGCAGUCUUACAACUGUUAACCAUGUUUUAAUGAAUGAGAUUUAUAGAAUGGUAUGGUCGGCACUAACAGUUUUAAACAAAACAAAAUGAAGAAUUCGUUCAAUAAUUUUAACUUAUUUUUACAGAAAUGACUC